AUGACUGACAAACUGCCCCCCAAUCUCCUCGCGCUUUUCGCGCCGCGACCACCCCUGCGAUACCUCGAGGCCCCAGACCAUCCUCCCGAGAAGCGUAGAACCCAACCUAUAUCGGGAGUUGCCGCGUUUCUCCCCGCGCUGCAGGCCUACAAGGAGACAGAUGUCUACGAACCGACGGAGAGUUGGCUGGAGAUGAGGGAUCGCAAGAAGUUGGAGCGGAAGGCGGAAUUGGAGAAGCUGUUGACUGAAGGCCCUAAGCACUUCAAGCCUAAUGAGGACCCUAAUGUCCGAGGCGAUCCUUUCAAGACCCUGAUCGUCGCGCGGUUAAGCUACGACGCGACGGAGCAGGACUUGGAGAGGGAAUUUGCUAGAUUCGGUCCUAUUGAAAGGAUCCGAAUCAUUACCGAUACCCACGCCCACCUACGACCUAAGAAGAAGAAGAAGCCCCAUAGGGGUUACGCUUUCGUAGUAUUUGAACGAGAGCGAGAUAUGAGAGCUGCUCUGGAAGCCUGCGAUGGCAUUCGCAUCAGAGACCGACGUAUCAAGGUAGACGUCGAGAGAGGCAGGACCGUAAAAGGUUGGAAGCCAAGGAGACUAGGCGGUGGCCUGGGCGGUCGUGGCUAUACUAAGGCAAUGCCUUCCCGCCCUGUGGGCCCCGGUGGUUUUGGAGGUGGCUUCAGAGGUGGAUUCCGCGGUGGCUUCGACGGUGGUAGGAGUCGGGGCGGGUAUCGUGGCGGCGGUGGCUUCCGGGGAGGUGGCGGCUUCCGAGGAGGGGACCGUGGUGGCUCUAACGGCUAUGGCGCUCCCAGUAAUGCGCCCUCAGGCCCUGGUUCUGGUUAUGGCGGCCGAAGUGGCGGCUAUGGCGGUGGUGACCGGGGCCAGGACAGAAGCCAGGGCGGCGGUGGUGGGUAUGACUCACGUGCUUCGGGACGCUCAUAUGAUGACAGACAUGGCGGUGGCGGCGGUGGCUACCGCGAUCGACACGAUAGAGAACCGCGGCGCACUGGAAGCAACAUGGAACCCAUACGACCUAGGGAGAAUGGUGGGUAUCGUGACAGAGACUACGACAGGCCCCCCCGCGAUGAUGACAGGAAACGCCACUAUGAAGGCGGCAGCGGAUAUGACGAACCCCGGAAGAUCCGUCGCUACUAA